GCGCACACGCAGAACGCGGUCAUCGUGUAAUAUGGUGAACGACAAUAACACCGGUUGACAGGUUGCGGACGGUUAUCAUCGCGAUAGGCAUUUUGUCGCAGUCCCGUGACUGAAAUCCUCUGUGGUAACGUCGAGGGAUACCGCCGCAUGAAUCUCCAUGAGCAUGGCAAGGCAGCUGCGAGAGACGCCAGAUCCUUCCCCGCGUGCGAGACUGUCGCGGCUCGAGAGUCCGUUGGUGAUUCCCGCCAAUUCAACACCAGAAACAUAUCGUAACAUGAAUGUGAGUACAUUGCAAAAUUGGCUGAACAGGCUGCCCGAUGGCUGGAAUUCGCCACAGAGCCCCGACGAACUCGUUAUUCAAAAGAGAGGUCGACGCAGGUCUAUAGUAUGGUCUCCUGACCUUGAUACCUACAAGCGACGCAGUCUGCUUAGCCUGAGUUCCAGAGACCGCACGCCGGUUAAAAGUCCAUCGACGUCAAAUGCAGUAUUGAAAGAUGCUGCUAGAAAGAGACUUUCUCUUAUCGAUACUCGCCAAUCUGGUUUCACUACCCCGGAGAGUAAGAAAACAUCAUUACCCUCUCGAAUGUCAUUAGACACCGCAAAUGCGCGAAUCAACAAUAACUUGGCGAAUAAUUUACGUGGUCUCAGUCAUGAGCAACUUGUGCAGUUGAUUAUGGAAUUGGUAUACGUGCAGGACAAUAGUACGUUACGUGAGAGUGAGAAACUUCGUAGUGUCCUUUCCAGGAAGAUGCCAGUUGCGGAUAUUCAACCAUUGAUAGAAAAAUUAAUUGUCCUGCGACAAAACGUUUAUGCCAGUCUCAUGUUUGUUUCCAAUUUGGCUGAUGAUUCCACGUACAGUCGAGCUUAUAUACAUCUCGAAAUGUUUCAGAAAACUCUAAUUGAUCAAGGAAGAACAUUGCAAGAGUCACAACACUGGAUUUCAUUGAUGCGCUAUGCACUAGAAGCAUGGAAAAUUACUAGAGAAUUGCCAGAAUGGGAGAAUCAGGGUUCUCACAAUAUCACACGAAAAUGCUUCAAGAAUCUGUCGCAGUUUUGUACUGAAGCAAUGAGAAGAGGGAAUUUCGAAACCUCGACUCUGGAAAUUUACAUUGAAAGUCUCAAAACUAUAGCCGCAGAAUGCGAAGAUUUUCAAAUGUGUCUACAGAUUGCGAAGGAAGGAAAGCAUGAGGCUUAAACCUUCUGUCUAUAAAAUAUUACAAGCAUGAUAAUUUUAUUUAAAUAUUUUUUUCUACGUAAGCGCAGGACAGCCAAAUAUUGACAUAUAUCGCAUACAGGAUGAUAUACGAAAAUUAACCUGUGAUAGAAAUAACCAGUGAUUUAAAAAAUAACCACUAUAGAUAUUUUGUUUGUAGAUUUAAAAAAAAAUGAAAUGGAUUUUAUCGUUUUUAUAUACAUAUAAUACAAAAUAUCCUUAAAUUAUCCUGUAUAUGCGUAUAUCGACGUAAACAUACGUAUGUUAUGUAUUUAUACAGUUAUAUUUAUAUUUGUUCAAUCAACGACUGCGCUUACGUAUACAGACACAGGGAUAAUAUAAAUAUGAAAUAUUAAUAUAUAUUAUUCACUUUUUGACGUUGGCUGAUGCAAAACAAGUUAUAGAUGUUUCGAUAAUUUCUUCAGAUUUUGUUUUAAGCCACAGAUCAUUUAUAUCAAGUGAAAAAAAUUAUUAUAACUUGUCGACAAUAGUUACAGCUUAAAAAAAAGACAAAAUAAGUACAAAUUAAAUUGUCUAAUUGGAACAUAUUUAUUAAAGGUUUGUAAUAAUAGAAGUAAGUGGAGAUUGCUAUUGAAGAAUUUGUUGAUACUCGAUAGAGAGAUAUCAAUCUUUUUUUUAAGGGAAUAGUUUUGUUAAUUGAUGUGUUUGUUAGAGUGUAAAUAAGAAUAACUUACUUGGAAUUAAACUUUGUUUGGAUAACUCGCACAAUAGUAUUAUAAGUUGAUUGUAAAAUUGUUCUUAUGUGCAUUUUUGCAUAUAUGUUAAACUUCCUUUUAUAUCAAUUAUGUUUCUUUCAUAUAAAACAACUUUACUUUGUAAAACAAAAAUGUAUAGUCUGAUGUAUAUAGCAUCAAAGGCAUUUUUAUGUUAAGCAGCGAAGCACUAUUUUAUGUUGUAUUGCACAGCAGUCUCUCUGUUUAUCACAAUUUAAUAUAUUUGAGAUAUUAAUCAUAUUGUAUCGCCGAAUAAUAUUUUUAUAUAUUGUAUUUUUUUAUACGACCAAUGUAAUUGUAAUUAAUGUUACUAUGUAUUUAUAAUGUAAUUUUAAUAUAUUUAUUAUAAAUCGUCUGAUAGGGAAAGGACUAACGCGAAGAUUGUAUUUUUUUUAUUAAAAACAAUUUAUUCGUCAUAA